GGUUGGGCCGGGCUCGGGCUCGGGCCUAACAUUUUUCUGUUAAUAAAGAGUAAAAGCCCGGCCCGAGCCCGACCCGGCUCGGCCCAUGAACUGGUCUAGUGGCAGCUGCUCUUUUCUCCUUUUGUGCAGGUUUGGAGCGCCCAAGUAGCAGCUGCUCAUCUUUGCAUCUUUAUGGUUCGUCACAAAAAAACUUACAAAUGGGUAUACAAGAGAAGAAGGAAGAGAGGCAAUUUGUCUCCUGGAGCUGAGUCUAAAGGAACAACAAUGGAGGAGCAACCACUAGAUGCUCUUUCGGGGAAGGAUGUUCAAGCCAUCAAGGAAGGGCGGUGAGGGCUCUGUUUUUGGUACAAGCACCAAGGUGCAAAGUGAUGAGUUUAAGGAUGGUGACUCUUCAAAAGUUGGUAGUUGGAGAGGCCACCAUUGGAAAAAGUUUGGGCCUCUAUUUUUGGGGUGGUGAAGAGUUCGCUAUGAGGGCCUUUGAGGAAUUUGAAAGGAAAAAAAAGGGGAAGAGAAGUUAAAGAGAAAAUCUCUGUUGAAAGGAGGCAAAGCUUGGGACGAGGAAGUUUCAGAUUAGGAGGAUGAGAUCGUGGAUGAAGAUUGAGCAUCUCUACAAGGUGCUUCAUGGUUUUUAGCUUGAGUCCAGUUUAGUAUGAGUUGUUGGCAUGUAAAUUGUGCGUUUGUUCUUUAGUCUCAGUUUGGAAAGAGUACAAAUACAAAUAUGUACACUACAAAUAUAUACAAAAUAGUACAAAAUAUAAGGUUUUGCACUCUACAUAAUUGUAUUUGUACUCCUUCCAAACUGAGCUUUAGGUGUUGUUUAAGGGGUCUUGUAGUUUGUUUGUUGGGUCAUUUAGUUGUUCUCUCCUUUCGGAUGAAAUCAUAUCAUCUUCCUGCUGUAAUUCUUUUUCCUUUUAAUAAAAUUUUCCUUUUAUUCUUCAGAAAAAAAGUUGUUUUCUGCUUGCUUUAUGUGUUAUGUCGAAUAAAGUAGUUACCAUGCUAGUCUAUUUUUGUUUACCAUGGCAAGUCUAGUGUUAGUCUAUGUAAUCUUUGGUUCUGUUUUCACCAUCAGUACCAUAAGAACUCAAUGGGAUUGUGAUGAUUGGUAAUGAAUACUGAAAAAAUGUUAUUGGUAAAUCUGUAUUACAUUUUUUUGAUGAAUAGUAAUCCUGUAUUACAUUAAAAUAAGGAGAUAAUUUAUAGAAGGAACUUUGGUAUUGUGUUAUUUUUUAGUGUUUUUUUGGGUGAGAGAAUUUAAAGACCCAAGGAAUAAUCCCAGGUCUUCUAAAUUUUGUAUUCAUAGUGUUGAUACUCUGAAUGGAUACGAUAUGAUUCUGAUAUGCAAGCGUUAUUUUCCUUUUGCACAGGAUCUGCAUUUGCAAGGGUAGGCUGAAUUUUCCAGGAAAAUUAGUUCUCUAUAUUGGCAUCCUUACAAAGGAUACAUGAAAGACCAUUGUAACAAAGAAGUCUUUUAAGACUCAGACCGGACAUAAAAUUGGAAUGCUUACCAGGUCAUGGGUCAAACGGCAAGACUACUACUACAGCAUCGGGCCGCUGUUAGUCUCUCCUCUGUUGCAGGACUAAUUUCAGAAGGAAUUGCACAUCAGUUGUUUGGUUCAUCAUCCAAGAGAAAUCCUGGGCACUUAACCAACUUUAUAGUUAGCAACAACUAUGGUAAGCUUGGCCAUCACCUGGAAGCACACAAUUCUAUCAUUGCUGAACUUGCUAAUAGUGGUCAAUACCGAGAAGCUUUGAGAUCAUUUGGUUGCAUGAAUGGACUUGGGCAAAAACCUACAAAGUUCACUUUAUGCAUUGUUCUCAAUUCUUGUGCCAAGUUAUUGGAUUGGCAUCUAGGUUUGCAAGUUCAUGCUCAACUGAUUCGACUGGGGCAUGAAGAAAAUCAUUAUCUAAAUAGUGCACUUGUUGAUUUAUAUGCCAAGUGUGAGGCAAUGCUUGAUGCAAAGAAGGUUUUCGACAGUGUCAAAGAGAAGGAUGAAGUACUGUGGACCUCGGUAAUAUCGGGAUAUUCACAAAAUGGUAAUGGAAAAGAAGCUUGUAUGUUAUUUAAUGAGAUGUUGGUAACCAAUAUUAGACCGAACUGCUUCACUUUUGCCAGUGUAAUAAGUGCAUGUACAGGGCUACCAACAGCAUCUGAGCUAGUUAAAAUUCUUCAUGCAUAUGUUAUCAAACUCGGGAUUGGGCAUAACAGUUUUGUGGCCAGUUCACUUAUUGAUUGCUACUCAAAGUGUGGGAAGAUUGGCCAAGCUGUAUCCCUAUUUAAUUCAACUAAGGAGAGAGACAGCAUUCUAUUUAGCUCCAUGAUUGCUGGAUAUUCUCAGAACUUAUUAGGUGAAGAAGCCUUGAAACUUUUUGUGAAAAUGCGUGGUAGUGGAUUGGACGUUACCUACCACACCUUUUCUAGCAUUUUGAAUGCUUGCGGGAGUCUCACAAUAAUUCAACAAGGAAGACAGAUCCAUGCUCUGAUAACUAAGAUGGGUUCAGAAGGAAAUGUGUUUAUUGCUAGCUCGUUGAUAGAUAUGUAUUCCAAGUGUGGGAGCAUUGAUGAAGCUCGUUGUAUCUUUGAUCAAACCGUUAAGAGGAAUAACAUCUUGUGGACUUCAAUGAUCACAGGGUAUGCUCAAAGUGGAAGAGGGGCAGAAGGAUUAGAACUAUUUGAGCUCUUGGUGAAUGGAGAAGGUGCAAGACCUGACCUUAUUUGCUUUACUGCUGUACUGACUGCUUGCAAUCAUGCAGGGCUUCUUGAUAGAGCAAUAUACUACUUCAACAAAAUGAAAGAUUAUGGUCUGUCUCCUGAACUAGACCAAUAUGCCUGCUUGAUUGACCUUUAUGGGAGAAAUGGACAUCUAAGAAAGGUGAAAAAGCUGAUGGAAGACAUGCCUUUUGAACCAAAUGCUGUAAUGUGGAGUUCCUUCUUGGGUUCCUGUAGAGUUUUUGGUGAAGUAGAACUUGGGAAGGAGGCUGCAAAUCAGCUGUUCAUGAUGGACCCAUAUACUGCAGCACCGUAUGUAACACUUUCAAAUAUUUAUGCAGAAGCUGGAAUGUCGGGUGAAGUGGCUGAGAUUAGAAAAAUGAUGAAAGAAAGGGGAGUAAGAAAGAAUCCUGGAUGGAGUUGGGUUGAGGUAGAUGGAAGAGUACAUGUGUUCUCAGUGGGUGAUACAUCUCACCCUCGUUCACAAGAAAUCUAUGUGGAAUUAGAUAAGCUGACUUUGGAAAUGAGGGAAGCUGGGUAUAUGCCCAUACUCAGAUAUCUGCGGAUGCUAGAUGGACAAAGCAUUUGAUGUUUGUCUGACUCUGGGUAUAAAACAUACUUGAGAGUUUUUCUUUCUUCUAAGUUUCUAAAAUCAGUUUGUUCAAAACCUGGACCCAGAUUACUCAAUUUUCAAUAACACAUGUCAAAGUUUAAAGGGUAAA